AUGGACUCUCAAACAUACACAGACUCUCCUCUCAUACUCACCCCUCCUCCGGCCAAGGGCGCCCCCCCCGGUGGAGGCUACGGGAGGCCCCGUGGCUCCCGGCUCAGGAACUUUAACUGGGAGACGCUGCCCCAGGACCGUGUGGUUGGCCGGCAGAACAUCUGGACGGCAUCUUUGGGGGAGAGUGACCGCAGCGCUGUCCACAUCGACACCAGCUCCAUGGAGGAGCUGUUCGGCCGCAGAGAGCAGCCCAAAAACCUGAGCGUCCGCAAGAGCUUCCGUGCCAAAUCCCCCCAGAGAGGGGGGACCAUCGAGGUUUCAAUCCUGGAUUCGAAACGCAGCAUGAAUAUCAGCAUCUUCCUCAAACAAUUUAAAAGGCCGGUGCAGGACAUUCUGGAGGAUAUCAAACAGGGAGCGUCGGCUGCGUAUGGAGCUGAGAAACUAAUUGAGCUCCAAAAACUGCUGCCAGACAAGGAGGAGGUGAAGAAGCUGCGAGGAUUCAGGGGCGACCGGGUGGGGCUCAGCGAGGCAGAGCUAUUCCUGCUGCACUUGGUGGACAUGCCCAGUUACGCGGAGCGGUUGGAAGCGAUGGUGGUGAGGGAGGAAUUCCAGCCACGUUUGAGGUCUCUGCGGUUCUGUCUCCGCACGCUGACUGAGGCGGCUCAUGAGUUGCUGGGCUGUGGGGAGCUGCACACGGUGAUGCGGCUCGUGCUGAAGGCAGGAAACUACAUGAACGAGGGGGGAUAUGCUGGCAGUGCAGUGGGCUUCCGGAUGUCAUCGCUCCUCAAACUGGCUGACACGCGAGCCAACAAACCGGGGAUGAACCUGAUGCACUUUGUGGUGAUGGAGGUGGAGAAAAAUGAUAAAAAGCUGCUGGAAUUUCCCACUAAACUGAAGAACAUCAAAGAGGCCUCGAGGAUGUUCACACAGGAGGUUCACAGUGAGUUGGAGACACUGAAAAGGAAGCUGGAGUCACUGGGGGCGACACUGAGCUGCCAGCCUGACCUGUGGCAGCAGGUGCAGGACUUUGUGCAGGAGGCGGGUACCCAGCUGGCGGAGAUGGGGGGAGCAGUGGCUACGUUCGAGACUGCGAGACGUGCUCUGGCUGAGUUCCUGUGUGAGGAUGAGGAGCGAUUCAAUCUGGAGGAGUGCUGCUCCAUCUUCAACAGCUUCACUCACAGGUUCCUCCGCGCACGGCAGGAAAACGAGGAUCGAGCAGAGCUGGAGAUCAAACGCAAGCGGAGGGAGCGGGAGAGGAGGGAGCAGGAGAAGAAGGAGAAGAGAACCUCUAUCGCCAGUUGCUCACACAGGGAGUGCCCCAUGCAGGCCGCCAGCCUGGAGCUCGCCCUGCUUCGUGACUACAGUAAUGGCCUUGGUCGCAGGAGCCUGAGGCAGGAGAGGUCCACCCAGCCCGGAGCCUUGGGCCGCAGCCACUCACUCAGGCUCAUUCGAGGGGCCGAGGGGCAGAGCGAGGCUGGCUGUGAGCUGCCCAGCAAUGAGGAGGCUAUGCACCUGAGGGCAGUGUCGCGCAGGGUGCUGCGCCUGCAGGAUAGGCCUGGGGCCAGACAGCAAGCCAAGCAGUUGGCAUUUGCCACCUCACGGAUCUCUGAGGAAUCUAGCACAGAAACGAGGAAGAGUUUGGAAAUGGAGGCCACGGAGGGAGAGGGCACUGCUGGUCUGGCUCCUAUCCAAGAUGUGCCCAGACAGGAGGAGCCCAAGCAGGAGGAGCCCGAGCAGGUGGAGCCCAGGCAGGAAGAGCCCAAGCAGGAGGAGCCCAGGCAGGAGGAACCCAGGCAGGAGGAGCCCAGGCAGGAAGAACCCAAGCAGAAGGAGCUCAGGGAGAACCAGAGGCACACAUUCGCCUCGUUCCCCAUAGACUUCACCAAAGGCUCCAACAUGUCUCCACCCGCAGCGCAACUCAGCUGCUCCCCUGGUCCUGAGGACCACUCCCAAGCUGACCUUCCAGAACAUUCUCAGCCAGAUUCGAUAGGGAGCGUGAAGAAAGGGCUGUCUGAUGGGCUGAUUCCUACAGGCGGAGAGGAUUCCCAAACCCCUCCGUCUCCUGGUCUAAAACUGGUCCUCAGUGAGUGCACAUUGGCUGCUCGAGCAACACCUUCCCUGCCCUUCUCCCUGCCCUCCUCCCCGCUUCCUUCCCCACUCAACUCCCCGUCAGGGCUGAAGUCUCUCUUUUUCAUCGGGAAGUCAGAAAGUCAUCCGUCAUCACCAGCCACUAGGAAACCUCGGGCAAAAUCGUUUAAUUUCGACAAGAAACGUUCUUUCUCCUCGGAGGAGCGACCUCCAUCCUCUCCUCGAAAACCCCCCUGUGAGCAAGCAAGCCACUCCUCCCGCUCCCGCCGCACACCUUCUGUCGGCUUCUCUCGCAGUAAAUCCUCAAGCCCGUCACCAGCAUCAUCUUCCCUUCGCUCGGAUGUGUUUGGAGAGCAGCCUUCGCCUCCUCCUCCUCCCACAAAGCCCUCCGAGAUCCCGACUCCCUCGCGUCGCAAACCUUCCCUGAUUAUCAGCUUCUCCAUGGACAAACCUGGCCGCAAGAAGUCCUGCCGGUCUCUGGGUCUCUCUGGAGAUCAGGACUCCUCUCCUGACACCAGGUUCCCGGGAUCAGACCAAACCAGCAGCUCCCCGGAGCAAGACAGCAGGCCCCCCGUGGACUCGCCCUGGUCCCUCACCAGUUUCUUCACCAGGAAACCCAGCAAACCCUCUGUCAGGGUCCAGGGCCUCCAGGGGCAGGCAUCAGGACAAGGGGCUGGCUCUGACUCAGGGGUGGGGCAGGAGGCUGGCUCAGGGGUGGGGCAGGAGGCUGGCUCAGGGGUGGGGCAGGAGGCUGGCUCAGGGGUGGGGCAGGAGGCUGGCUCAGGGGUGGGGCAGGAGGCUGGCUCAGGGGUGGGGCAGGAGGCUGGCUCAGGAGCUGGACAGAGGCCAGGACAAAUGGCUGGAUCCGGGACAGGGCAAGGACCUGGCUCGGGGACAGGGCAAGGGGCUGGCUCGGGGGCAGGGCAAGGACCUGGCUCGGGGACAGGGCAAGGGGCUGACUCGGGGGCAGAGCAAGGGGCUGGCUCGGGGGCAGGGCAAGGGGCUGGCUCGGGGGCAGGGCAGGGGAUGAGCUCGAGGGGGGGUUUCCUGGCCACACUUUUCAAACGCUUCAGUAAAGUGAGCAAAGGGAGCAGGGAGCAGCCACAGGCUUAG